CUUGAAAUUAUUUAGAAAUAAAGGAAGUAUAUGGAAAUAGAUUUCAUUGAAACAUACAUCGUAGUUCACGGUAAAAUGUGUAAUACAGGAUAAUUCACCGCGGACCAGUCACAACGAUAAGAAAGCUUUCGCGUGAGGAGUGUAGAACCGCGGUGUCACACAACAGCCUAAAUAUUGACCGGUUCUUUUGCAGGCUACAGACUCCUUCAUGCUGUAUAUGGUUGCUCUUGUUUGUCUUCUGUCUGUGUGAUGGAUAUUAUGUGGAACCUACACCGAUAUAUCAAGCAUUAUGUUUAUUUGAUCGUGAAACGAAAGAAAAAAUAUAUUGUGAUGUCGUGUACUCUUGUUGUGUUUUUGAUAUUGCAGACUGAUGUUAUCUGGGACAUAUUUAACCAACACGUCGUUCUAAGGAACAAUCAAAGUACGUACGAACCCAUGUCUGUACACGAGGAGGAGUUUUAUAAUGCACUCUUGAAGCAACACUUUAUCGACAGCCAUUCGACCCAUUUGGAGAGUGAAAAUUCCGAUAAAACUAAUUCAAAAUUAGCAUGUGUUCACCCCAAAUUAGAUCCAUUUAAUCCAUUACUUACGCAGUAUUUUCACAAACUACCCAAACUACAAUGUGCCAAAAAGGGAAAUUGGGUAUAUAUCGAUAAUGGAACGUUCUUCAUCUAUGCAAAUUCACAAAAACUUUACGGCGAUAUUACGUGUGAUAUAUAUCCCCUGUUUCGUAAGGAUGAUUUUAAUACAGUCGAAGGGGAAGUUGUCAAAGAUAUAAAAAAUGGAACCGUAUUAAAGGAUGACUUUAUCCGAGUCGCAUGUGAAUCAAGUUCGGGCGAGUCGUAUACCAACAGACAUGCCGGGGUUGCAUUUCACCCAGAGUUAUAUUCACGAACCUCAAAUUUAAAACGUCAACCUUUGGACCUGAAUGUAUUUAUUAUGGGCCUGGAUUCAAUUUCACGGAUGACAUCCAUUAGAAAACUUCAGAAAUCUAGAGAUUAUUUUGUAAACGUGUUGAAUGGCAUUGAAUUAGAGGGUUAUAAUAUAGUUGGGGAUGCAACCAGAGCAGCAAUGUUUCCUAUUUUAACGGGAAAGACACCCGAUGAACUACCGGAAAUACGACACGGUUACCCGGGUGCUACGACCGCUGAUGGAUUUCCACUUAUAUGGAAGGAAUAUAAAAAAUCAGGAUACCUAACUCUUUGGGCGGAUGAUGAUCCGGGAAUUGGAUGCUUUCAUAUGCUAGCCAACGGAUUUGCGGAACAGCCCACAGAUUUUUACUUAAGACCAUUUUUUGUAGCUGCUGAUUUUGUGCUCGAAUUUAAGUAUGGUUUCUUCCGAACUUAUCUCCACUCAUUUUUAAGUUUAUUUAUGAAGGAUCCACCAGUUAACCUUCCGCUGUGUUAUGGAUCUAAACCUAAACAUCAAUAUUUCUUAGAUUAUUUAAAAGGAAUGUUUACCACGUAUCCAACGAAACGAAAGUUCAUGUUUGGCUUUCAUGGAGAAAUAAGCCACGGUAACAAUAACAAUGUGGAAUAUAUGGAUGAAGAUAUAGCUAAUUUAUUUAACUUUUUAAAUACAAAUGGAUAUUUAAACGAUACGCUAUUAAUAUUCAUGGCUGAUCACGGAUCAAGGUUUGAGACAUUCCGCUCAACAGUUCAGGGAAAACAGGAGGAAAGGAUGCCUUUAUUUGCAUUGCGUUUCCCUCCAUGGGUUGAAAAAGUUUAUCCGGAUAUAAUAAACAACUUAAAAAUUAAUAGUAAGCGUUUAACGACGCCAUUUGAUAUACAUGAAACUUUAAAAGACAUACUUUCGUUUAGUGGAACCAAGACAGGUGACCUUUCAAAACGGGGAAUAAGUUUAUUGAAUGAAAUUCCACAAGAACGAACAUGUACACAUGCUGGAAUUAAAGUACAUUGGUGUGCAUGUUUGGAUUGGAAACCAGUCCUACAGACCGAUCCUGUUUUAGUCCGUUUACUUCACGCAGUUUUAUCGAAAUUAAACGAUAUAACAUCCUCUCAUCGGAGUAAAUGUGCUUUACUUGGCUUAAAGCAAGUUGUAGAAAUUUUAAAAUACAAACCCAACAAAAAUAUGGUCGAAUUUGAGCACGUGGCUUCCAGAACAGAAACAUUCUAUCAGGUAACUAUAGUAACCGUGCCGGGAAACGGUCGUUAUGAAACCACUGUGCGACACGACCUGGACGAGGAUAUACUGAUUUUAGACGAACACGAUAUCAGUAGGACGAAUUCUUAUGGUUCUCAAUCAAAUUGUAUCGAAUUGCGAAAGUUACUGAAAUAUUGUUUUUGUAAAUUAAAUAAAUUGGUUUGAUAAAACAACAAAACUCCAAAUGGCCUUUUACAUAUUCUAUUUUAGGUUGCGUGACAUAAAUAUAUCCUCCAUAUAGUAUUACAAGUCAAAUAGUCAGUAUUUAGUUGGGUGUGUAACACUACCUUAGAGAUAAGAGACUGUUCACUGUUAACAGGUAGUACUCAUAGGUAAAGAACGUUAGUAAAGUAAUGAGUUUUUAAUUUAUUAAUAACUGUAGGUGAGACGUCAUAAUUUAUACUAUUAGUUUAUAUUAAAGUGACAUAUUAAGUUGUAUAGCGUCAAUAGUUUUUCAGUUAAAAUUAAAUAGAAUUAAGGAAUAAUACAGGUGUAUUCACAACCAGGAAAAAAGUUUAAUUUUACAUACGCAUAAUUGUUCUGUUUCUUGCACUGUAAUUUUG